GCAAAAUUGACUCGAGAAAAGAAACCGUUAGUUACACAACGCAUACUAGUGGUUAGAUUUGUGCACAAACUGCUUUCUACAAGUUUGCUAACAGAUCACUAUGCAGCAAGGACAGGGUGGAGAUUCAAGUGAUGUAGAAGGUCAGGCAGUCUAUGCUGGUGGCUCAGAAAGGAGACAUGGUGCUGAAGAAGUGAACAGUGAUGUUUCACCAAAACCAGGGGGAAGUAAAGCUUUGAAAGGCUCGGGAUACAGACUUGGGGAUGGUGAAAGACAGAAAACAGCUGUACAAAAGAGAAAAAUGGUGAAGACGACACCUGGUAGUAACAAGAGGCGAAGAAUUGUCGUAGAGGAGGAGGACGGUAAUGUAGAAAAUGAAUUCGGUGAUGAGGAAGGGGAUGAUGGUAAUGAGGAUGCUUGGAGUGGUGAUGAUUUACUCAUGGACGCCAUAGAAAUCUUCAAAAUGAAACUAAAAGGCAGUUUGAAAAAGUUUGCGGAGGAUGUAAAGAAAGAAAUCGAUAAAUAUACAAGGGCCAUGGCAGAUUUGGUGAGAAAUACGGAGGCUAGAGGGAAACAAGGAGAACAAUUUUUUUAAUUUAUUAUUUUUGGUAAAAGUUUUUGAUAAAUCAAAUAUAUCUGUUACUUCCAAAGCUUUUGACUUGAAAUUUAAGUGAUCACUCACUAUCAACGCCUUAACCAGGAUAAACAAUACCUAUAACUCUGGUUUGAAUUUUUACAUAGUUAUGUCCCUUAAACUUAGAUAUUUUUGGUUAGAAUUUUAUAAAGUUUUUACUGGCAAAGCUCUAUUUCAGAGCCAAGCACUGAGAAAAGUAGCGCGCUGUCUAAAGGAAGUUCUUGUUAGGUGUAUUACUGGUAAGAAUUAUUGUGUGGACUUUCUUUGUUCCACUACACGGAGAGUAGGUGAGCUAUUCCACUCGAUCCGAUGUCGGCGUCGGCGUCGGUGUGAGCAUCUAGGUUAAAGUUUUUUUGGCAACCUUUGUUUUGUUUUUCUGUCAUUUCUUUGUUAAUUUUGCUUAUAUAGUACUGUAACUUCACAUAAUAAAUGUCUAGCAUACGAUUAAAGUAUGUGCAGGGGCUUGGCCAAUUAUACAUAAGGCCGAUGUAAUUAAGGUGUUAUACUUAGUUUUUUUAAGGUUAAAGUUUUUCGGUAACCUUUGUUUUUUUGUCAUAUGUUUGUUACUAUUUCUUAUAUCUAACUGUAUGUUCCCAUAAACAUUGUCCAGCAUAUAAACAAAGUAUGUGCAGGGGCUGGGAAAAUUAUACCCAACGUCAAGAUAACAAUGUUGUUAUACUUGGAAUUAUUUUCAUGUUAAAUGUUUUUCGAAAGCUUCAUUGAUAGACAUUUAUUAAGGGGACGCAUACUUUGAAAUUAGAAAAAAGUGGGUGGGGUAUUAUAAAAUUUACCUGCAAAAAAGUACACGGUUUUGGUAAAUGAAAUGAAUACUGUUUCAACUGUUAUAAGUACACAAAGGAUUGCUCACUAAAAUAAAAAUGAGAAAAACUGAAACAAGAAAGUUAUUAUUG